AUGGAUCAAAGCAUUGAACAAUUCAAGAUCAUCACGAACAUUGAUGACGAUAAUGUAGCGAAAUUUUAUUUGGAAAGCGCCCAUGGAAACCUUGAAACAGCUAUAUCGAAUUACUUUCAAUCCGGAGGAGUUUCAUCAAAUGUGAUGCACGAUGAUGAUGAUCAACAGAUGCAUGCUGGUUUUACUCCGAUUUCAUCAUCAUCAAGCAAUCCAUCACAAGGUGGUGGAAGAACACUUGGAGGAAGUACCACAGGUGGCCUAUCAUCAGUUCCUCCUCCAAAGUCAAGCGAUCAACCCAUUUCUAGCAGCAAAAAGCCAACUUCAAAGAAAUUUGCAAGCCUUAGAGAUUUGCAAAGUGAUGAACAACCAUCAAAUCCAAAGGACAAUAGAUACUAUGCAGGAGGAAGCAGAAACUCUGGUCAACAAAUCAUAGGAGCUAAUGACGAUGAAGAUGAUGACGAUGAAGAAAAUCACUUUGCUGACAAGAUCUUCAAAUCUGCUCAAAAACAAGGAGCUAAAUCAGCUUCCGAAUACGAAGAAGAGAUGAGACGCAAUCAACCAAAAUUUGCAGGAAGUGGAAGAAGAUUGGGUAACACUGACAAUUCAUCUGUCGUCAUACCAGGCGAAAAGAAACCAGAAGAAAAGGUUGUUACCAUCGUAUUUUGGAGUGAUGGAUUUACUGUUGAUGAUGGUGAAUUGAGACCCUACGAUGCACCUGAAAAUAGAGAAUUUUUGCAAUCCAUCGAUAAAGGAGUUGCUCCAAGAGAGCUGUAUACCAGUGGAGCAGAUAUUGUGGUAAAUUUGUUGAACAAGAAGACAGAAAAAUGGUCAGAACAACCAAAACAAUUCAAAGCGUUUGUUGGAUCUGGAAGAUCUUUGGCUUCAAGCUCAUCCUCAGCCAGUAGUUCAUCCUCGGUCAUGAGUACCCCAUCUAAUUACAAGUUUGAAUUGGAUCCUAACAAACCAACGACCACUUUGCAGAUCAGACUGGCCGAUGGAGGUCGUUUAGUUGGAAAAUUUAACCUUACACAUACCAUUAGAGACGUUAAGGAGUAUAUCAAGAGCCAAAAACCUUCUUCUGCAUUUGAUAUCAUGACACAAUUUCCUAACAAGGUCCUCACAGAAGACAAUUCAACUAUCGAAGAAGCUGGUUUGAAAGGUGCGACGAUCAUUCAAAAACUAAAGUAA